GUGGCUGGCUGCGAGUGAGUGAGUGAGAAGAGCAGCUGUUGUGGCAACCACCGUUUGAGUUGGGCUCUUUCAGGCUCUCCGGCUGAAACAGCUCGGGGGACAAGAAGCAGAACAGAAGGAGGCCUCAGCCUGGAGGACAGAGCCAACUAUGUCCCCCUUUCUCCGGAUCGGAUUGUCCAACUACGAUAGCGGUCCCUACCUGCCUUCCCAAGGGGAUGUGAUCAAUCCGUACUGUGCCGUCAUGGUCAAAGAAGCCGUUGAGUCUGAGAAUGGCCAAGUCUACGUCCAGAAGAAGCCCACCAUGUACCCUCCUUGGAACAGCACUUUCGACGCCCACAUCCACAGAGGCCGGGUCAUGCACAUCAUUGUGAAGGAUAAGAGUGCCGAGAUGGUCGCCGAAACGACAGUUGAACUCAACGUGGUUGCAGACAAGUGUAAGAGGAGUAAUGGGAAAACUGAAAUCUGGCUAGAACUGACGCCCCAAGGGAGAAUGCUAAUGAACGCACGAUACUUCCUGGAAACCACUGAUGAUCCAGAGUUUAUUGAUUGCGAAAAGGAAGGGUUUUUCUCUCUGCACCAGCGCAGAGGUGCCAUCAAGCAAGCCAAGAUCCACAACGUCAAGUGUCACGAGUUCGCAGCCACCUUCUUCCCCCAGCCCACGUUCUGCUCCGUUUGCCACGAGUUCGUCUGGGGUCUUAACAAGCAAGGCUACCAAUGCAGGCAAUGCAAUGCUGCCAUUCACAAGAAGUGCAUCGACAAAGUAAUAGCUAAGUGUACGGGAUCGGCUGUCGACAGUAGAGAAACCAUGUUUCACAAGGAGAGGUUCAAGAUCGACAUGCCUCACAGGUUUAAGGUCUACAAUUACAAAAGCCCCACAUUCUGCGACCACUGUGGCACACUGCUGUGGGGCCUUGCAAGGCAGGGCCUGAAAUGUGAUGCCUGUGCCAUGAAUGUCCACCACAAAUGCCAAACCAAAGUGGCGAACCUCUGCGGCAUAAACCAGAAGCUCAUGGCUGAAGCAUUGGCACUGAUCGAGAGCACGCAGCAGGCUCGUAGUCUUCGCGACCCGGAGCAGAUCUUAAGAGAAGGACCCAUUGAAAUUGUUCUUCCUGACAAAGAUGCCCCUUCUGCCCCUUCCAUACCAGUGCCUCCAAUAGGGAAAAGAGAACCUCAAGGUAUUUCAUGGGAAUCACCAGUGGAAGACGUUACAGGUCGUGAUUCUCCAGUGGAGCUGGAGCCCAAGAGAGACUUCCAACUAGAUCUUCCAAAACUAACCAUAGAUGAUUUUACUUUGCACAAAAUGCUGGGGAAAGGAAGUUUUGGCAAGGUCUUCCUUGUGGAACUGAAGUCUACCAAUGAGUUUUUCGCAAUGAAAGCACUGAAGAAGGAGGUGGUGCUGAUGGAUGACGACAUCGAAUGUACCAUGGUAGAGAAGCGUGUCCUCUCUCUGGCUUGGGAACAUCCGUUUCUCACUCACGUCUUCUGUACAUUCCAAACCAAGGAAAAUCUAUUUUUCAUAAUGGAAUACCUCAACGGGGGAGACCUGAUGUUUCAUAUACAAAUCUGCCAUAAGUUUGACACUGGCAGAGCAAGGUUCUACGCUGCUGAAAUAAUUUGUGGCUUGCAGUUCCUUCAUUCCAAAGGCAUCAUAUACAGAGACCUAAAGCUUGAUAAUGUUCUCUUAGACAAAGAAGGACACAUCAAGAUUGCUGACUUUGGAAUGUGCAAAGAGAAUAUAUUUGGGGAAGCCAAGGCAAGCACAUUCUGUGGAACCCCCGACUAUAUUGCCCCUGAGAUUCUGCUGGGACAGAAAUACAACACAUCUGUUGAUUGGUGGUCAUUUGGCGUCCUCCUGUAUGAAAUGCUGAUUGGCCAGUCUCCCUUCCAUGGCCAGGAUGAGGAGGAGCUCUUCCAAUCUAUUCGUAUGGACAAUCCAUUCUAUCCUCGAUGGCUUGACAAGGAUGCAAGAGAUAUUUUAGUGAAGCUGUUUGUAAGAGAACCGGAGAGGAGGCUGGGGGCCAGAGGGGACAUCCGCCGGCAUGCCUUUUUCCAAGAAAUCAACUGGGAAGCUCUGGAAGAAGGAGCCGUGGAACCACCUUUCAAGCCCAGAGUGAAAUCACCUGGUGAUUGCAGCAACUUCGACAAGGAAUUUCUGAACGAGAAACCCCGGCUUUCGUGUGGAGACAGAACUCUCAUUAACAGCAUGGACCAAACCAUGUUCAGCAAUUUUUCAUUUACCAACCCCAUCAUGGAGAAGUUGUUGUCCUGAGAGAAGGAAAAGAAAUGGCCUCCAGUCUCCCAGCCAGUUGCUGUAGCUCUUCAUUUCUGUUGGAGACAAUGCUGUUGACUUAAUCAUGACUCCAGACAGAAACUCUCCGAAGGGAAGAUCGAUCAGCAAGGGGCUUUCACCCGGGCUCACCCUGUAGCAGAUUCAGUGUCCGUUAACAUUGGAAUUCGCCCCUGCUCUUGAGAGAUCUUGGUUCACGUUUGAGAUAUGGUGGAAUUUCUGCUCUGCACACAAGUGCUCAACAUCCCUACGUCUACUACUACUACUACUAUGAAUAUUUAUAUACUGCUCUUCAACCAGCGUUCUCAAACCAGUUUGAUUGAUUGAUUAAGUACCGUCAAGUCGGUAUCAUCUCGUAGCAAUCACAUAGAUAGAUUGUCUCCAGGAUGAUCUGUCUUCAGCUUGGCCUUUAAGGUCUCUCAGUGGUGCAUUCAUUGCUGUCAUAAUCGAGUCCAUCCACUUUGCUGCUGCUCAUCCUCUUCUUCUCUUCAACUUUCUCUAGCAUUAUGGACUUCUCAAGGGAGCUGGGUUUUCGCUUAAUGUGUCCAAAGUAUGAUAGUUUGAGCCUGGUCAUUUGUGCCUCAGGUGAAAAUUCUGGAUUGAUUUGUUCUAAGAUCCAUUUGUUUGUUUUCCUGGCUGCCCAUGGUAUCCUCAAAAGCCUUCUCCAGCACCAAAGUUCAAAAGCGUCAAUGCUUUUUCUGUCUUGCUUCUUCAAAGUCCAGCUUUCGCAUCCAUAGAGUGUCAAGGGGAAAACCAUUGUCUGAACAAUUCUAAUCUUUGUAGGUAUAGACGCGUCACAGCUUCUAAAUAUCCUUUCCAAGGCCUUCAUUGCAACCCUACCAAGUGCUAGUCUGCGGCAUAUUACUUGACUGCUGGAUCCUUUACUGUUGAUGGUCAAUCCUAAAAGGCAGAAGCUAUCCACCACUUCAUGUCUUCAUUAUCAAUUCUGAGGCUGGUUGCUGUACCCGUUGUCAUUCGUUUAGUCAGUUUACAUAGAAAAGCGGUUUACAUAGAAAAAUAAGUUUGCAUAGAGAAAUAAGUAAUACAUAAAUAAGAUGGGCCCCUGUCCCCAAAGAGCUCACACUCUAAAAAGAACCAAAAGGCAGACACCAGCAACAGCCACAGCAGCAUAGGAUAGUUGGAUAGGGCCAGUUGUUCUCCCCUUGCUAAAUAUAAGAGAAAUCCCCUUCUGUGAGAUGAUCUGCUGGAUCUUGUGAGAUCUCUUUUCAGACUCUCUCAGGAUCUCAGGGGGCCCUUGUGCCCUUGUGCAAGUCUUGUAAUCUCCACUCUGCUUUGGCCUCAGAGAAACCUUGGGAACUCCUAAGAAGUCAUCACACACAGCACUGUACACUGCUCAGACGGCAGAAAGGGCCCCCAUCACCUUGCCUUCUGUGAUGCUCCCCAACUACCAUGUUUAGAAGGCUCUGGGGGCCUGUGUGGGCUGAACUUUGGGGAGGGGAGUCAAUGUGGGGCUUGUGUAUUUAAUUAAGCUCCCUUGAUCUUUUUGCGCAUAAUUCAGUUACUGACAAUACAGCUAGUUCCUUCAGCUCCCUGAGGCUGCUUUGCGAAGAAUAAGCACUCCCUGGCCUGUCUGUCCCUCUAUUUCUGGGCCUUUCCCCAGUAAUCAGGGGUGUGGGUAUGCACUAAAUAUGUUUCUUGUCUGCUGGGGGCAGUCCAGACAUCUCCCAAGGUUGCCUUUCAGAUGAAGAGUAGCACAUUUCCCAACCACACCGAUCACUAUAUUUUGUACCUGGGUAAACUCAUUCUUUCCUUAGACUGAAAUAACAGUGACUGCACACAAUGCAGUUGUGCAACAGGCACCUGUUGGAUAUUGUCAACAAUGGGAAUAGUGGUGAGUGGCACAAGUCCCUGGCUGUUCUUCUGUGAGCUUUUUGCUUUUUAUUUUAUUGAGUUCUCGGAAGGCUGUGCACUUGCCCUCCUUGGUCCAGGAGCGCACAGCUCACCUCAUUUAAGAGAGGGAGAGGGAGAGGGAGAGGGAGGGAGAGGGAGAGGGAGAGGGAGAGGGAUCCACAAAAACUCUUGGAUACCUGGCAUAUAUUGUUUGCAACCAUCUAGUGAUCCAUGCAUAGUAGAGAUGGUUAUGGAAUCUUGCAUGUGUCUGUGGGAUCUCGCUGCAUGCAGAGAUCCCACAUCUGUGGGAUCUCGCUGCAUGCAGAAAGCAACAGCCGAUCCACUGUUCUUCCCUGCAGGAAAUCCCACCAUAAGGAGGUAUCACAAUCCUGGGCAGACUACCAGAGCAGACCUGCAGAUUGGUUCUGUGCAUGCAGAGACAGGUAAAAUGGUGCAGUGUGGACCAGGUCCUCCCAGACUAUUUCCAAGUUUUAAUGCCUGGACAGAUGCCUAUUUCCAUCAAAGUAUAUUGUGCAGCAUCCUCCUUCACACAAAUUUCUCUGGACAAGAGCUGGUGGGGUGGGGCAGCGGAAAGUGUGAGCCACACCCUUGCUUCGGUCCUUCUUGCCUGGAUCAUGGAUGCGGCCCAUGGCCCUUAAGCAGCAACAAUCUCUCAGUCUGUUCACUCUCAUCUGCAACAUGGUGAUCAUUCUGACCGGACUUAUUGUACCCCAUCCUGGACUUUGGGCGGCCCAGCCUCCACUGAGAAGGACCCUACAUGGACCUCACAAACUCAUAUUGCACCACUUUCCCCCUCCCCACAGGAUCUUUGCAUGAUAUGCAGGUCUAUCGAUGGCUACUAGUCUUGAUGGCCAUGGGCUACCUCCAGGCUGAGGCAAGAUGCCUCCAAAUACCAGUUGCAGGGGAGCAGCGGCAGGAGAGAGGGCAUGCCUUCAUCUCCUGCCUGUGAGCUUCCCAGAGGCAUCUGGUGGGCCACCGUGGGAAACAGGGUGCUGGACUAGAAGGGCCUCCUUGGGCCUGAUCCAGCAGGGCUGUUCUUCUGAUCAUAUAUGGGCCCUCUAUCUGCCCAUAACGAUGGGCAUUUUGCUCCUAUGUAUAUAAGAUUCCUCGGGAUGCUAGUUUAAUGGGUAGUCCAGAUUCCGCUUCAGUAAAUAGAAGAACUCUGUGCGCACAGUCCUUGCCUCAAGAUCGUGGUGCUUAAUUAGAACUGUUAAUAUGAAUUUUUAAACUGUAUGUCAUGUUUGUACAGGUUAAUAAAAUGCCACUUGUG